UUAAGAGGUUAGAGAAAUGAAGACGCAACAUCUAUGGUGGGAAGUUCUUGAUCCAUCAUUAUUGAUACAACAAGAACCUCUUGUUGCAUUAUUCUUGACUACUUUUGCAGCUGUUGUGGUUGUGGUCUACUUGUACCGACCGUCCUGGUCCGUUCGCAAUGUUCCCGGUCCAAACGCUAUGCCUCUUGUUGGUCACUUGCCCUUGAUGGCUAAGUAUGGUCCUGAUGUCUUCUCUGUUCUUGCUAAGCAAUAUGGCCCUAUCUUCAGAUUUCAGAUGGGGAGGCAACCAUUAAUAAUAAUUGCAGAAGCAGAGCUUUGCAGAGAAGUUGGGAUAAAGAAGUUCAAAGACAUUCCAAAUAGAAGCAUUCCUUCUCCAAUCUCAGCCUCUCCUCUUCACAAGAAAGGCCUCUUCUUCACUAGGGACAAGAGAUGGUCUAAGAUGAGAAACACCAUCUUAUCUCUAUACCAGCCUUCACAUUUAACUAGUCUUAUUCCCACAAUGCAUAGUUUCAUCACUUCUGCUACUCUUAAUCUUGAUUCUAAACCGCGAGAUAUCGUUUUCUCCAACCUUUUCCUUAAACUAACAACGGAUAUUAUCGGACAAGCUGCUUUUGGAGUCAACUUUGGCCUCUCAGGGAAAAAACCAAGCAAAGAUGUAGAGGUGACUGAUUUUAUAAACCAACAUGUCUACUCUACAACACAGCUCAAGAUGGAUCUAUCAGGAUCACUCUCCAUCAUCUUAGGCUUACUGAUUCCUAUUCUUCAAGAGCCAUUUAGGCAGGUUUUGAAGAGGAUACCGGGAACAAUGGACUGGAGAGUCGAAAAGACUAAUGCAAGACUUAGUGGACAACUCAAUGAGAUUGUGUCAAAGCGAGCCAAGGAGGCUGAGACUGACUCAAAAGACUUCUUGUCAUUGAUCUUGAAAGCUAGAGAGUCUGAUCUUUUCGCCAAGAACAUCUUCACGCCGGAUUAUAUUAGCGCUGUGACUUAUGAGCAUCUUCUUGCUGGCUCUGCAACCACUGCCUUCACAUUAUCCUCUGUUCUCUACUUAGUCUCUGGUCAUUUAGAUGUUGAGAAACGUCUGCUUCAAGAGAUUGACGGGUUUGGAGGCCGUGAUCUGAUCCCGACUGCUCAUGACUUACAGUACAAGUUCCCAUACCUCGAUCAGGUCAUCAAAGAGGCUAUGAGAUUCUACAUGGUAUCCCCUUUGGUUGCAAGGGAAACUGCAAAAGAAGUGGAGAUAGGAGGCUACUUACUCCCUAAGGGUACAUGGGUUUGGUUGGCACUAGGAGUUCUAGCAAAGGACCCCAAAAACUUUCCAGAGCCAGAGAAGUUCAAGCCAGAAAGAUUUGAUCCAAAUGGAGAAGAGGAAAGACUUAGGCAUCUAUAUGCUUUCAUCCCAUUUGGUAUCGGUCCACGAGCCUGUGUUGGACAAAGAUUUGCCCUGCAGGAGAUCAAACUCACCUUGCUGCAUCUCUACCGUAAUUACAUUUUCAGACAUUCUCCAGAAAUGGAGAAACCACUGCAGCUUGAUUAUGGUAUAAUACUCAGCUUCAAGAAUGGAGUUAAGCUCAAAGCCAUCAAAAGAUUCUGAUUCUUGAAACAAGUGAUGGUAUAAACUUAAGAGUUUCAUAAUCGAAAUAAAGCGAAACUGCGAUUCUUAUA